CUUGACAUAUCCAAUAUUCAAUCUGCAAAAAUAGGUGAAAAACUGGGAAAUGAGGGGCACAAAGCAGAGGGAAGAAGUAGUUCAUCCUCUGCUGGAUCAUCAUCAUCAUCUACCCAAUCACCUGGGUCGACUGCAUUACCAUUGAUAGAUGGUAUCAUAAGUACCUCGGAAACCCAUGACCUCCACCAUGCUCCUACCACCUUGAUUGAGACCAAUGCUGGAGAUUAUUCUCCUGUAAAAGACUUUGCAUACCUAAAAAAUGUAUGCUUUUCAGAGACUACAAAGCUCUGGGCAAUUGCAGGCCCUAUUGCUUUCAACAUUCUCUGCAAUUAUGGGAUUAAUUCUUUUACCAGCAUUUUUGUUGGACAUCUCGGAAAUGUGGAGCUCUCUGCCGUUGCCAUUUCUCUCUCUGUCAUUGCCAACUUCUCUUUUGGCUUCUUGCUUGGCAUGGGAAGUGCACUGGAGACGUUGUGUGGACAGGCAUUUGGUGCAGGGCAAGUGGAGAUGCUAGGGGUGUACAUGCAACGUUCAUGGAUAAUCUCAUUUGUCGCCUGCUUCUUCUUAAUGCCCCUCUACAUAUUCGCAACGCCAAUCCUAAAACUUCUCGGACUGGAACAUGACAUUGCAGAACUUGCUGGGAAAUUCUCUAUACAGACUAUCCCUCAAAUGUUUUCACUUGCGGUAAACUUUCCUACACAAAAGUUCCUGCAGGCACAGAGCAAGGUCGUGGUUAUGGCAUGGCUUGGUUUCGGAACUCUAGUUGUGCAUGUCGGGAUCCUAUAUCUGUUCAUUAGAGUGUUUGGUUGGGGUACUGCUGGUGCUGCUGCGGCCUAUGACAUCUCGGCAUGGGGUAUUGCUGUGAGUCAGACAGUUUAUAUUGUUGGUUGGUGCAAUGAUGGGUGGAAAGGGUUGUCGUGGUUGGCCUUCAAGGACAUUUGGCCCUUUGCCAGACUCUCUAUUGCUUCUGCUGUGAUGCUUUGCCUAGAGAUCUGGUAUUUCAUGACCAUAACUGUUCUCACUGGACACCUGGAGGAUCCUGUUAUUGCAGUUGGCUCCCUUUCAAUCUGCAUGAAUCUGGAUGGGUGGGAAGGCAUGCUGUUUAUUGGAGUCAAUGCAGCUAUAAGUGUCAGGGUUUCUAAUGAGCUUGGAUCUGGACAUCCUAAGGCGGCAAAAUACUCGGUCAUUGUCACAAUCAUUGAAUCUCUCCUCAUUGGGAUUUUCUUCGCAACCCUUAUUUUGGCUACCAGAGAACGUUUUGCUGUAAUCUUUACGGGCAGCAAAGAGAUGCAGAGAGCUGUUUCUAGUUUAGCAUACCUUCUUGGUAUAACCAUGCUACUUAACAGUGUUCAGCCAGUUGUAUCAGGUGUUGCUGUCGGAGGAGGUUGGCAAGCUUUAGUGGCCUAUAUAAACUUGAUUUGUUAUUACAUUAUAGGCCUCCCCAUUGGCUUUCUUCUAGGGUAUAAAGCUAAAUUAGGGGUGAAGGGAAUCUGGUCUGGCAUGAUUUUUGGGACAUUCUUGCAGACGCUGAUCCUCUUGAUUAUCCUUUUUAAAACCAACUGGAACAGGGAGGUAGAACUAGCAGUAGGACGAAUGAGGAGGUGGAGUGGACAAGAUGAACAUCAAUUUGACAUGUAAAACUCUGGUGUUGUCUUUGAUCCAUAAACAAAUCGAAUAUGCUUAUAAAUGCCAAUAUAGUGAGUAUGGCAUUAUUGUAGAUUUGUAUUACUUCUAGGACAAUGUUUCAUUAAAAGGGCCUGUAGAGAAGUUUGAGCCAAUCAGAAGUAUUUAUAUACCUAAAAACAAAAAUACCGAUGACUACUUAUCCAUUGCAUUGCAUUGCCUUGCCAGAAAUCCGUGUUGUAUAUAUGAAACAUGUUCACCUUCUUUCUCAUGUUACAAUCCUCUUCCUAUUGAACCCCUUUUCUUCUCAGUCCACAGAGAUAAAAUGUAAGACCGGUGCCAACACUUCAUCACAAAAGAAAAGACUGGCAGA